AUGACUUUUGGUAAUGUAUUAAAGCAGAGGAUUAUUAAUACUGUUAAUCAUAAGACUAUUGGUACUUAUUAUAUUGUUUUAGGUUACUGGGCAGGCUUAGGUGGAUCUUUAUUAUCUAUAAUUAUUCGUUUUGAGCUCUCUAGGCCUGGUGGUUAUUUGUUUUUUGGUAGUGGUCAAGUAUAUAAUUCUGUUUUAACUAUGCAUGGGGUUUUAAUGAUUUUUUUUAUAGUGAUGCCUAUUUUGAUCGGCGGUUUUGAGAUGGCUUUUCCUCGGGUAAAUGCUUUAUCUUUUUGGUUUACUUUUGUGGCUUUGUUGAUGGUUUAUCAGUCUUUUUUUAUUGGUGGUGGACCAGGAACCAGAAGUUUCUUUAGAUGUUAUAAUUUUGGGGUUGCAUACUUUACUACUCAAAAUAUGCGUUCUGUUGCUGUCACUUUAGAUCAGGCAAGUAUAUUUGUUUGGACUUCUUAUUUGACUUCUUUUUUGCUGGUGUUAUCUGUUCCAGUUUUGGCAGGUUCUUUGUUGUUUUUACUGUUUGAUCGUAAUUUUAAUACUUCUUUUUAUGAUACUAAAAAUGGUGGUAAUCCAUUAUUGUAUCAGCAUUUAUUUUGGUUUUUUGGGCACCCAGAAGUUUAUGUUAUUAUUUUACCUGUCUUUGGUAUUAUUAGUGAGGCUGUUUUGUUUCUAACUGACAAGGAUCGUUUAUUUGGUCACCAUAUGUAUACAGCUGGUUUGGAUAUUGAUACUCGUACUUAUUUUAGAGCUGCCACUAUAAUUAUUGCUAUUCCUAGAGCUGUGAAAAUUUUUAAUUGUUUUAUUUUUCUUUUUACUGUUGGUGGUUUAAGUGGAAUUAUUUUGAGAGCGGCUAGCUUAGAUGUGGUGUUACAUGAUACUUAUUAUGUUGUAGCUCAUUUUCAUUACACUUUAAGUUUGGGAGCUGUUUAUGGUAUUUUUUGUGGAUUUUGUUUAUGGUUGCCUUAUAUGUAUGGUGUCUCUUUCGAUGGUUUGUUGAUGAUUGCUAUUUUUUUUUGUUUUUUUAUUGGUACUAAUAUGACUUUUUUUCCUAUGCAUUUUGCUGGCAUACAGGGAAUACCUCGUAAGGUUUUAGAUUAUCCUGAUUGCUAUUCUAUGUUUCAAGUUUUUUCUUCUUUAGGUUCUGUUAUUACUUUUAUUGGCUUUAUAUUAUUUAAUUAUUUGAUGAUUGAUUCUAUUUUUUUUUCUCGUUUUUUAGGUAUUUCUUUCUAUAAUGGUCAUAGUCCUUCUUAUGUCUCUAAUGUCCCUCCUCUACCUGAUUCUUUUUUGGAAGAUAUUUUAGGUUAUGGUCUAUGUUGA